GCUCGCUCGGCCGAGCUACGGGGUUUCUGCAGGGCGGGUGCGGCGGGCACGACGGGUAGCGUGGCAGAGGCGGGCAUCGCACAGAGGGCAGAGCAGAGAUGGCUUUCGCAAACCUGAAGAAAGUGCUCAUCAGCGACAGCCUGGACCCGUGCUGCGGGAAGAUCCUGCAGGCGGGAGGGCUCCAGGUGGUGGAGAAGCCCAACCUGAGCCCGGAGGAGCUGGUGGCCGAGCUGCAGGACUGCGAGGGGCUGAUUGUCCGCUCGGCCACCAAAGUAACGGCCGACGUCAUCGAUGCAGCCGAGAAGCUACAGGUGGUAGGACGGGCUGGCACGGGCGUGGACAAUGUGGACCUGGAGGCAGCCACGAGGAAAGGGGUGCUGGUCAUGAACACCCCCAACGGGAACAGUCUGAGCGCCGCAGAGCUCACCUGUGGCAUGAUCCUGAGCCUCGCCAGACAGAUCCCUCAAGCAUCAGCCUCAAUGAAGGAUGGGAAAUGGGACCGGAAAAAGUUCAUGGGGACCGAGCUGUUCGGGAAAACCCUGGGGAUCCUGGGCCUGGGUCGAAUUGGGAAAGAGGUGGCCACAAGGAUGCAGGCCUUUGGGAUGAAGACCGUCGGCUAUGACCCAAUUACCUCGCCAGAGGUCUCAGCCUCCUUUGGGGUACAACAACUCUCACUGGAGGAGAUCUGGCCCAUCUGCGACUUCCUCACUGUACACACGCCCCUGCUGCCCUCCACCACAGGGCUGCUGAAUGAUGCCACCUUCUCCAAGUGUAAGAAAGGGGUGCGAGUGGUGAACUGUGCCCGUGGUGGGAUCGUGGAUGAGGGGGCACUCCUGCGAGCCCUGCAGUUGGGCCAGUGUGGGGGGGCCGCCCUGGAUGUGUUCACCCAAGAGCCACCACGGGACUGGGCCCUGGUCAACCACCCGAACGUGAUCAGCUGCCCACACCUGGGUGCCAGCACGUGGGAGGCGCAGAGUCGCUGCGGCGAGGAGAUAGCCCUCCAGUUUGUGGACAUGGUCAAGGGGAAAUCUCUGGCCGGCGUGGUGAAUGCCCAGGCCCUCACGAGCGCCUUCUCUCCCCACACCAAGCCGUGGCUCAGCCUGGCGGAAGCCCUGGGCUCACUGCUGCAAGCUUGGGCUGGCUCACCCAGAGGGACCGUUCAAGUCACAACCCAGGGCGCAUCCUUGAAGAAUGCAGGAAACUACCUGAGCCCUGCGGUCAUCGUCGGGCUCCUGAAGUCCACAGCUCCACAGGCCGAGGUGAACCUAGUCAACGCCCGGCUGCUGGUCCAGGAGGCGGGGCUCAACGUCACGGCCGCCCACAGCCCAGCCUGCCCCUCUGACUUGGGUAGUGGAGAUGGUCAGGUGGCAGUGACCCUGGCAGGAGCCCCAUACCACGUGGUGGGCUCGGUGCAGGGCACCACCCCAGUCCUGCAGGAGCUGAAUGGUGCCGUCUUCAAGCCAGAGGUGCCCCUGCGGCGGGGCCUGAACCUGCUGCUCUACAGGGCCCCCGGCUUGGACUCCCUGCUGCUGCCAGUGCUCAUUGGACUUCUGGCCCAGGGUGGUGCCCAGCUGCUGUCCUACCAGACAUCAGGUGGGUCGGAGGGGGCCGCGUGGCAUAUCAUGGGCAUCUCCUCCACCCUGCCAAACCUCGACACCUGGAAGCAGCACGUGACCGAGGCCUUCCAAUUCCAUUUCUAACUGGCAGAGGUGAUGAGGAUGGGGUUGGUUGUGCUGGAACCAGCCAAGGGUCCACCCUUCCCCUCCCUGGAGCUUGGAAAUCGUGACCAACAAUAAAAACAUUCCUACUCGCUGCUGC